CAUCGACACUCGACAGUGGUAGGGAGCGAUGGCUAAACUGGUGGGGAGCGAUCGCAGUGACCCGGCCGAGUUGUUUCCCCCUUUUCUUUGCCGUUGCUUCUCCCUCUCCCUCUUCUCUCUUCUUUCUUCCGCUAAUUGAUUCUCGAGCGAACAUGCAAUCUUUACUCCCCUACCAUCGUCUUCUUCUUCGCCUUCGCCUUUUCAUCAUUGUCAUCGUUCUCCUUCUUUCGGGCGAUCGAGCAAACGGGGGGUUUAAUUUGAUCCAAGGACUUCUGCGAAAGCUCGAUGACGAGCGUGCGCCUAGUGCCGUGCAGGAGGAGGCUGCCAUGGGCGUGCUCCGGCGCCUCCUUCCUUCCCAUGUCUCCUCCUUCACCUUUCAGAUCGUUCCCAGGGGUAGCUGUGGUGGAUAUAGUUGCUUUUCGAUCGAUGAUUACAAUUCUUCCAGCGAGAAAGAGCCGGAAAUUCUGAUUAAGGGCACCACAGCUGUUGAGAUGGCAUUCGGCCUGCAUUGGUACUUAAAGUACUGGUGUGGUGCUCACAUUUCCUGGGACAAGACAGGUGGCCCUCAACUUGCUUCAGUUCCUCGGCAAGGAUCACUGCCUCAUGUUGGACGCAAAGGAGUGAAAAUUCAACGCCCAGUUCCUUGGAGUUACUAUCAAAAUGUUGUCACUUCCAGCUAUUCUUUUGCUUGGUGGGAUUGGGACCGAUGGGUGAAGGAAAUAGACUGGAUGGUCCUCAAUGGUAUUAAUCUACCGCUUGCUUUUACAGGACAAGAGAGUAUAUGGCAAAAGGUGUUCAAGAGGUUUAAUAUUACUGAUGCAGACCUCAGUGAUUUCUUUGGUGGACCUGCCUUCCUUGCUUGGGCUCGCAUGGGUAACUUGCAUGGGUGGGGUGGACCCUUAUCACAAGCAUGGUUGGAUGGUCAGUUAAAUCUGCAAAAACUUAUACUAGCUCGUAUGCUGGAACUGGGCAUGACACCAGUUUUACCAUCAUUUUCCGGGAAUGUUCCUGCGGCACUUAAGAGGAUAUUUCCUUCAGCACAUAUGACAAGGCUUGGUGAUUGGAAUACUGUGGAUGGAGAUCGACGUUGGUGUUGUAAUUACCUUCUUGAUCCUUCUGAUCCCUUGUUUAUUGAGAUUGGGGGAGCUUUUAUUAAGGAGCAAAUCAAAGAAUAUGGAGCCACAUCUCAUAUUUACAACUGUGACACCUUCAAUGAAAACACCCCACCUACUGAUAAUCCAGAAUACAUUUCCUCACUCGGUGCUGCUGUUUACAAGGCAAUGCAUAAUGGCGAUUCUGAUGCAGUUUGGCUUAUGCAGGGUUGGCUUUUCUCAGCACAAUCAUCUUUCUGGAAGCCACCACAAAUGAAGGCAUUACUUCAUUCUGUUCCGUUUGGAAAGAUGGUUGUUCUUGAUUUAUUUGCUGAUGUCAAGCCAAUAUGGCUCCGCGCUUCUCAAUUUUAUGGCACACCUUACAUAUGGUGCAUGUUGCACAACUUUGGUGGAAAUCUUGAAAUGUAUGGCUCGUUAGAUGCAAUUGCAUCAGGUCCAGUAGAUGCUCGUCUCAGUCAGAAUUCUACCAUGGUUGGUGUUGGUUUGUGCAUGGAAGGAAUUGAGCAAAACCCUGUUGUAUAUGAAUUAAUGGCAGAAAUGGCAUUUCGAAGUAAGAAAGUCCAAGUACAGCAAUGGAUUAAAUCCUACAGCCAUCGACGCUAUGGCCAACAGCAUAUGCAACUUGAAUCUGCAUGGGAUAUUCUUUAUCGCACCAUAUACAACUGUACAGAUGGGAUAGCUGACCAUAACAAAGACUUCAUAGUUGAGCUGCCCGAUAUUUCUCCAGGUGUAGAAUCUAAUGGCAAAAUGCUUCAUUUUGAAGUUAGUGAAAGGAUUAAGCGAUUUAUUCUCAGUGAGACUGACCUUGCAGUGACCACACCUCAUUUAUGGUAUCCGCCUAAAGAAGUUAUCCGUGCACUUCAGCUGUUCCUUGAUGGAGGCUAUAAUGUAGCUGGAAGUCCUACAUAUAGGUAUGAUUUGGUUGAUCUUACUCGGCAAGUCCUCUCAAAAUUUGCAAACCAAGUUUACCGAGAGGCAAUACAUGCUUUCCAAGUGAAUGACCUUCAUUACCUAACGGUUCAAAGUAAAAAAUUCAUUGAUCUUAUAAAGGAUAUCGACAUCCUUCUGGGUUCGAAUGAUAACUUUUUGCUUGGAACAUGGCUUGAAAGUGCAAAAGGACUUGGUACAAGUCCUCAAGAAAAGCAGCAGUACGAAUGGAAUGCAAGGACUCAAGUGACGAUGUGGUAUGAUAACACAAAGACCAAGCAGAGCAUGCUUCAUGACUAUGCAAACAAGUACUGGAGUGGUCUAUUGGAGGAUUAUUAUCUGCCAAGAGCAUGCACCUAUUUUGGUUACUUGCUGAAAAGCUUGAGAGAAAACAGAAGCUUCCCUUUGGAUCAAUGGAGAGGAGAAUGGAUUGCUUAUUCUAACAAAUGGCAGGCAGGUUCACAGCUUUACUCUGUUAAAGCUACUGGAGAUUCCUUCAGCAUCUCCAGGUCACUCUUCAGAAAGUACAUUGAUGCCACGAGUUAUUAAAGUGCUUCCAACAGCAUGCCAGGGCAUGGUUGGGAAGGAAAGGAACACUAUGACAAGACCGUUGGACUUCUUGCUGCAACCGAUUUCAUGUAUGAAAGCACCUAGAUAUCCCAAACUGUGGGGUAUGUUUUGUUUCAACGGUCAAGUGUGUAUUGUAUGUAUGAAAGCACCUAGAUAUCCCAAACUGUGGGGUAUGUUUUGUUUCAACGGUAUAGAUUUGGGACUAUACUACAUUUAUGGGGAGAUGGAGGAGCGUCACUAUGUUAUUGAAAAUGCACCUGGAAACUACGUGUUUAUUGUUUCUUUAUUGUGUUUGUAGUUUAUGUAAUAUUUACCAGGUAUUUCUUCCUGCCGACCCUUGAUGGAAAUAUGUUUACUGUUCUGUA